ACACGCCGUGGUUUGACUCGGGUUUUAACUCCGCCUAUUGAUCAAAGACCAUCCUCCACCCUUUUGUCUUUUCUCCACUUUAACUUCACUAAAAGCCUCGUGGAUUUGGGGCCAGCUGCGCAAACCUCUAGGCAUGCCGCCGGUUUUAACGCAGCGGAGCUGAACCACGCCAGAAGCUGAGUGGAGAUUUUUUCCAAAUUUCUUAAACUAUCGUUAUAAAUCGACUUUCAUGGAGUAUAUGUGGAGAUUAUUUACGAAAGUGGAGAGGUCUGGAGCCAUCGUAAAAACAUCGCCAGAGGAUGAGCCGCGACUUGAUGCCGACCCUCGCAGACCCGCUGUUUCGAAGCAAUAUGCCCUUAUUUGAUGGAACAGUAGCAUCCAGCGGACUCUCAAAGCCACUAGUCAUGUCUGGUUUCCUGGGUAAGCAGACGCUGCAGUACAAUGGAGCCUAUUUUACUUAUGAACCCGGAGUAAAAGACAGGGAAGGAUUCAGCCCUCCUUGGACCCACUCGAAAACGUCUCCGCUGGAUGACAGAAGUCCUGUGAGUCACCUCUCUGGAAUGGUACAAAACCACGUUGCAUACAGGAAGGACAGCAUUUCUGCAGAGAGAGGACAUCACACCCCGGUUAAGAGGGGUUUUACAGUGUACACGAAAAGUCCUGAGCUGAACAGCAGAACAGCCGCUUCUCCUGUGGCCAUUAGAAAACCGAAACCAGGUGGUGAGAAUCCCCCCUCCCCAUCUCAAAGCUCUGUUUACCUGGCGAUUCCCAAGCCCGUUUAUGGACUCAGUCCCUGCUGCAAUGAACUGGGCUGUGUGUUAGGACAUCAAUACAGCAUGGAGCACAUCUCUCCUAGGAUACCCAACGCUGUUUAUGAACACGAGUGGAUGCAAACCAAUGGCCACUACCUCGAAAAGCUCCCCGUUCAGAGAAAAGAGGCACUGCUGCAGCAGAAGGACUUGCAGUUCGAGUGCGGCGCGGAGCAGCUGAAGAGGGUGGCUGUGGAGGCGUACAGUCCGAGCAGGGUCAGGACCCUGCCCUCCGUCAUGGAGCCAAGCUACAGCAGCUACCCCUGCACCCCGCCUCGUGCGCUGUUUGGUUCUUUAAGAGAGCCCAGCAGUCAGCCGCUGCAGACCUUCCCCGCAGGCUACCCCGGCCUGUACGCCCCCCGUCCCACAUACGAGCAUAUGACCUCAGAGGUUUAUCAGGAAUGCUCUCCCAUGACCAAAUAUGGCCAGCUAGCACAGCACCCAGGCUUUUACUACUCUCGGCCAAACGGAGAGGUGGAAAGCAGGACGCAGAGGAAAGAGAGUGGUACUAAGCAGGGAGAAGAUGGCCCUCUCCUUCAUAAACACUCACUCUCAAGCCCCCGAGAGCAUUAUGUAGUGCCUCAGCCUCAUCACGCUGAAAUUCCUCUGUCUUGCACUGAAAUGUUGCCAAAUCGUUCCUUUAUACAGGGUUAUGACUAUCCAUGUUACACAGUUCCAAGAUUUCACUUGGCUGCAACCCAAAUCGGAGCCCCUUUAAAAAGGCCAAAUUCAAUAUCUGCAUUUCACCCGAGUCGCAUUAAUGCUCCCUCGUCCAGCCAAGAGACAGACCACCUGAUGGGCAAAAAGAAACCCAACACCGCCAUCCGUAUGGACCAGCUACACGGUUCGUCGUCAUUCCUACGGGUGAACAGAGGCAGUCCUGCCAGGCAUUUAAGCCCAGCUGCUGUCUCGCCAUCCAGCAUACAAAUGGGCAGGUUUUUCCAACCAUUUACUAGCCUGCACAUAGACCCAUCGGUCCAUCCGCAACCUGCUGCUAACAUGGAAAGAAUCCGAAACCAUUGCCCCGCUGAAGCCCAAGCGAAAGAGCCAAAAAGCCAUCCCAUUUCCCCAGCACCCUGCCACAGCUCAGACAGAACCCACACAGCUGUGCCCAACAGUUUCCGAAAAAUUAUCUACUCCCCCACUGUUACGACAGGAAGCAAGCACAAUGGGCCGUUGUCCGACGCAGGGACCGGCAACUAUAAAAAGUGCCUAAAGAGGAGCGUUUCUCACUCAUCUCACCCCCUCAGAAUAAAAGACGAGGACGUGUAUGAGGUGGAAUGCACCGACAACAAACGACAAAAGGUGGAGAUGGAGAAAGCCGAGGCAAGUAAGAAAACGGACUCUCCUCCUAUGCCGGUCAUUGACAACGUGUUCAGCUUGGCACCUUACCAGCUGCACCUGCAGCAAUCGGGAGUUCUGUUUUCAGGAAGGCAACGUCAGAAAACCACCCAGACUUCUGAGAAGCACGACGACAAACUCAAGGCAAACGCCAAAGAGAGCAGAUUAGAUCAAAUUGAUCAGGAGUCCGUCCUCCGCCUGCAGUCUAAAAGCUCCUCUGAAACCCCAGCUGACGAGUCAUCUGUCGACGCUAAGAAGAUUAAAGCGGAGAAAGUAGAUUCGCCCGACGUAAAUGACUCUACAGAGAGCCAAGACAGUCACAAGAAAGUGGAAACGAAGAAGGAGCCUGAGGAGACUCAGUCACCUGUCAGUGUGCCUGUGGAAUUGAAAGAGAAAUGCGAUUCCAAUGAACUGGAAAACCAGUCUUUAUUUGCAAGUGAAAAUACCCCUUCCGAUGAGUUGAAACCUGCUGAGUCGACUCUACAAACAGACCCAAUUCAUGAGGACGAGAAAUUAAAAAAACAGGAGGAUGCAUUGCAACCAAAAGCCAGCGCUUCGCCACCUCCAGGGAAAGUCAGCUUUAAAAGCAUUCCUCCUCAUUGUCUUAAACUUUCCACCUACAAUAUAAUCAUUCCCGAUGCCAAGCACUGCAAGAUUGCUCUACCUGCAAAGCAGAAUCCGCGCCCACCGCCCAUGACCGUGCUCACGGCGAAACAAAAGCCCCAAACCCCGGCGCGCAAGCACUUCUUAGAGCUGCACCAGUCUCUCUGCAGCUUGAUCUCCAAGUCUGUGUCUUCCUCUUCAGAGCAAGACCUCAAAAGCUGGCUGUCCCAGCUGGAAAUAGCCGAACCUUCGUCUCAGUCGGGCAAGCUCCAGAAGGUGCCCUGCUUGUUGGGGGCAAAAGCGAGAGAGGCGUGGAUCAACCAGGAGAUCAGAGCGGCCCUCCGGGAGGUCCUCAAGAGGCUGAGGGAGUACACGGCUCAGAAGCACUGUCCCUUCCCCCACGUGAUGCGGACAGGCGCCGUGUUUCUCCCCAUGCUGGUGGUGAAGGAGCUGCUCUUCCCCACGGUCCACGGCGGCCUCGUCGACAAAGUGCUGCAGGAGCACAAGGUGGAGCUGCGGCCCACCACGCUCUCCGAAGAGAAGAUCCUCAUCCAGCUUCAUAAGCGAGCCUGCACGUCCAAGCUCAGGAGGCUGAUGUCCCUCAAACAUCUGCCGGACAUUUACACCGAGCUGGUCAACCUGCUGUACUACACGUGCGUCUGCAAACAUCUGGGACUAAACAUGGAUUCCUAUUACCAAGAACAAGAAGGGGGCCAUGAAGUGUCCGACAGCGGCACCCCAGCUCCUUGUGACACCCCUGCCUCGCCGGCCCCUCCAUCAGAGUCACACCGUCAGGGAUGCGUGAAGGAAGAGGAGGCGUCGAUGUCUCCUAGGACGUGCACGACCGAAGGCCGAGUCGAGAGCGGUCCGAGGCAAACGUUUCUGGACAAAAGCUCGUCUGAUGAAGAAGGGGCGGGUGAUGCCGAGCAGGCUGCUGUUGAAGGCAACCUGGAAUCAUUCCUAACUAAAACACGUGGAGCCCGCCAGGCAGAGGACAGAGAACCUGAUCCCGUGGCGGCAGAGCAGGAUUCUGCUGCCCCUGCUGCAAAAAGCACAUCGGACGAGGAUUCCUGGACGUGUCCGUUGACGUUGGGCGAGCUGUCUCCGUCUCAUAGCGACGCCGAGUCUGAGAGCUCCUCGAGUCUGCUGCCCGGCAAUCCGCCUUCAGGACGUCCGGUCCAAUCCAAGAGCUGCUCCGGCAUGAUUCUCAAGCUGAGGAAGAUGCUCAACGCAGGUCUGAAGAGAAAAAGGGCUUGCUACGAGGCCGUGUCGCAGUCCGAGACGCAGGCCGAGCCUUCGUCAUCGCAGACGGGAGCCGGGCAGGGUGAAGGCAGCGACGGCAACCACAACAGGAUGCCUAAAGCACUGCGCAGGUGGAAGGGAAAAGGAAGCUUCCGUCAUCCCGGAAGGCCCCAUGGCAGCCCAUCUAAAACUAAACAAAGGUCUCUGCUCAAGAUCAAAUACUGUCCCUACUUGUCUGCCUGCCACAGCGCCGAGCACCGGAGGCGGUGGGUCCUGCGCUCAGCCGUCCAGACGGCUCAGAGGGCCAUGAGGUUCUGCUACCCGGAUUUGGUGGGAAAGCGGAUCCGGCACCUGUAUGAGGAAGACGACAAAUCAGAGGUGUGGUACCGAGGAGAGGUGCUGCGUGUCCACGAGGCUCACUCCAACCCCCUGAAGACCAUAUUCGAGGUGAGGUACGACAGCGAGCCCGAGUGGAAGUACUACCUGGAACUGCUGAUAGACUACAAGAAGGGCUGGCUUAAAAUAGAAGACUAAACAUUCCUCAGGUUUUCCUUUUUUUUUUUUUUUGAAGGGUUGUGGUCAAAGAGUGCAGCAGAUUGUAAAAAUGAAGCUGGACUGGAUGUCUUUGUUUCUAAAAUCAUGCAAUCUUGACCUGAGAUGCUUUUCUCUUUGGGGAGCUACAAUCGACAUUUUUUUCUUGGACACACAGUGGCUUUAAGGAGUUUACUCAGUCUAUUCCACCAUGAUGUAUAUUUUGAUAAAGUUUCUUUUAUGUAAAACACCCCCAACAAAAAAAAACAAAAAAAAAAAAACAAUGUAAGUGAAUUUCUUUUAAAAGUGCCAGGUGCGUGUAUGUGUGUGCGUGCGUGUGUUUACAGUGCUUAAUUUGCAGUCUUAUGUUUUCAGAUUCAUUUUUGUUGUUGGGCGCAAAUGAAGCUCAACAGGCAUUAAGGUACUUUAUAUGAAGCUGCUCAAGACAUUUUUUUUUUUUUUUU